AUCAGACUGUAACACUCAGAAAGAACCUCAACAAUGGACAGAGUUUAUGAAAUUCCGGAGGAGCCAAAUGUGGCUACGGUUUCAGCUCUGGAGGAAGAUGUCAUCCGCGGGUCUAACCCCCGCUUUACCUUUCCGUUUGGCAUCCUCUUCUCCACCUUUUUGUACUGUGGGGAGGCUGCAUCUGCCUUGUACAUGGUUAGAAUCUACCGAAAGAAUAGUGAAACAUAUUGGAUGACAUACACUUUUUCCUUCUUCAUGUUUUCAUCCAUCAUGGUCCAGUUGACCCUCAUUUUUGUCCACAGAGAUCUGGCUAAAGAUAGACCACUGUCGUUAUUUAUGCAUCUAAUCCUCUUGGGACCUGUAAUCAGAUGUUUGGAGGCCAUGAUUAAGUACCUCACACUGUGGAAGAAAGAGGGGCAGGAGGAGCCCUAUGUCAGCCUCAUCCGAAAGAAGAUGCUAAUAGAUGGCCAGGAGGUGCUGAUAGAAUGGGAGGUGGGCCACUCCAUCCGGACCCUGGCUAUGCACCGCAAUGCCUACAAACGUAUGUCACAGAUCCAAGCCUUCCUGGGCUCAGUGCCCCAGCUGACCUAUCAGCUCUAUGUGACCCUGAUCUCUUCAGAGGUCCCCCUAGGUAGAGCUGUGCUAAUGGUCUUUUCCCUGAUAUCUGUCACCUAUGGGGCUACCCUUUGCAAUAUGUUGGCUAUCCAGAUUAAGUACGAUGACUACAAGAUUCGCCUCGGGCCACUAGAAGUCCUUUGCAUCACCAUUUGGCGCACGUUGGAGAUUACGUCCCGCCUCGUGAUUCUAGUGCUCUUCUCAGCCACCUUGAAGAUGAAGGCUGUGCCCUUCUUAGUGCUCAACUUCCUGAUCAUUCUCUUUGAGCCUUGGGUUAAGUUCUGGAGAAGUGGUGCCCAGAUGCCCAAUAAUAUUGAGAAGAACUUCAGCCAAGUUGGCACUCUGGUGGUGCUGAUUUCCAUCACUGUCCUCUAUGCUGGCAUCAACUUCUCCUGCUGGUCAGCCUUACAGUUGAGGUUGGCAGACAGAGAUCUUGUUGACAAAGGUCAAAACUGGGGACAUAUGGGCCUGCACUAUAGUGUGAGGUUAGUAGAGAAUGUGAUUAUGGUCUUGGUUUUUAAGUUCUUUGGCGUGAAAGUGUUACUGAACUAUUGUCAUUCCUUGAUUGCCUUGCAGCUGAUUAUUGCUUAUCUGAUUUCCAUUGGCUUCAUGCUCCUUUUCUUCCAGUAUUUGCAUCCAUUGCGCUCACUCUUCACCCAUAACGUAGUGGACUACCUCCACUGUGUCUGCUGCCACCGGCACCCUCGGGGCAGGAUUGAGAACUCAGAGCUAUCCCCUGAGGCUGAAGCAACACAAAGCAUUGUCUGA